AAGACUAUUCGGACCGUCGGUGCGAUUAGCCACUGCGUUUAUUGAGGACCAUUAUUCUAGAGAUCAGCCAACACUAAAAUAAGUAUUAGUAUUUUAUUUCUUUUAACCGUUUGGCAACAGUAAUUUGAAAACAUAAACAUGCCUGAAACAUUUGAUGUUGCGGACGAUGCUAAAGUGGAUAACCUAAAACUACUGAAGUGUGUAGCCGAUCUGUCUGAGGAGUAUAAUGCUCUGCAUUCUGGAGAAAUAGCUACAAUUGAAAGUAUUCCAUCAUCAACAGAAUUUCUUAGAAGAUGGGUUUCACAUAAUAUACCUGUAAUAAUCAAAAAUGCUGUUAGUCACUGGCCUGCUUUAAGAAAAUGGAAUGCAUCUUAUUUGAAAUCCAAACUUGGUGGGAAGCCAGUAACUGUUUCUGUUACUCCCAAUGGAUAUGCAGAUGCAGUAUUUUCAGAUAGGUUUAUGUUACCAGAGGAAAAAAUUAUGACAUUUGAGGAAUUUUUGGACAUAAUGGAGAAUCCCAAAUCAUCAGAAGUCUGUUACAUACAGAAGCAAAAUAACAGUUUUCUUGAAGAAUUUAGUAACUUGAUUGAUGAUGCUGAUACACACAUUCCUUGGGCAACAAAAGCAUUAGGUAUUAAUUUUAAAAUCAUUAAGAAACAUGUAUGAAACUUUAUUUAAAGU